CUUGGCGACAUGGGCGGCAGCGGGACCAGCUCGUCGUCCUCCCAUAUGUCCCCGGGAUGGCAGGUCAACGACCUCGACCUCGACCUGCCAGGGGAACUGUCUAUGAAUCCGAAUUACAGCGACGCGCUGCUGUCGCUGCCGACGCUGGCUGUCUUCAAGCAGGAGGCGCCGUCGCCCACCGGCGCCGUGCUGUCGCCCCAGCGGCGCCAAUGGCCGCCCCGGCGCCCUGACGAACGACAGAUGACCGGCAUGGUGGUGGACGGAUCCAACCGCGAAGGCAUGGACGAUGGCUGCCAGCAAUCGCCGCCGCAUAACGUGAUGAUGCAGCAGCACGGCAGCCCCGAAAGCAUGCAAUGCCAGCCCACAAUGCAGGGCGGUAUGAUGCCCAUGAAUGGCUACCACUCGCCCACCGGACAGGAGAACAAGAACGCAGGGUUGCUGAUCUGCUCGCCAGUGAGCUCGCUGGAAGGCUUCCUCCACUCGCCUGUGCAGCAGCGAUCCGAGCCCAGCUUCAAGGAUGACACCAGGUUCCAAUACGUGCUAGCAGCAGCAACCUCGAUAGCCACCAAACAGAACGAAGAGACCCUGACGUACUUGAACCAAGGCCAGCCCUACGAGAUCAAGCUGAAGAAACUGGGAGACCUCUCGCACUACAAGGGGAAGAUUCUCAAGAGCGUGAUAAAGAUAUGCUUCCACGAGCGUCGGCUGCAGUACAUGGAAAGGGAACAGAUAGCGCAGUGGCACGCCGAGCGACCGGGAGACAGGAUCAUUGAGGUGGACGUGCCUCUGUCCUACGGCGUCACUCGGGUCGAGCAACCGGCGGCGCUCAACGCUUUACACGUCUACUGGGACCCUACCAAAGACGUCGGCGUCUACAUCAAGGUGAACUGCAUAUCCACGGAGUUCACGGCCAAGAAACAUGGCGGCGAAAAAGGCGUGCCCUUCCGCAUCCAAGUGGAGACCUACCUCGCGACGGAAGAACACAACCGGUUGCACGCAGCCGCCUGCCAGAUUAAGGUCUUCAAGUUAAAAGGCGCUGAUAGAAAACACAAGCAAGAUCGAGAAAAGGUGAUGAGGCGACCACGCCCCGACUUGGACAAGUACCAGCCUGGAUGCGAAGCCACCGUGCUCACCACCUUGUCGAACGACGCACUAAUGCCACCGCCAUCCCUGGUCACCACAUCGCCGCCGUACUCGCCAGAACUCAGUGUGACCCCGAAGACAGUUGCAAGCCCGAUUUUGGUCAACAAACCUGUUCUCCCUCAACCAGAUUGUUUGUCCGCAGCUAUACUUUCAUCAGCUAACCAGAUGAAGCCCCUGUACUGUCAAGAUGGCGGUGAGAUGAAAGUGAGCUCGCCGCCAUGCCACUCGCCCGGCGCCAUUUUGCCGGAUCUGCCGCAACCGGCCGAAGAUCCGGAUAAGAACUACGGGCUGUCAAAGGACGCAACAGCAGCCGAGACGCAAGCGUGGUUAUCGCGGCAACGCUUCGCGCAGCACGCGGCGACGUUCGCCAACUUCUCUGGGGCUGACUUGCUCAGACUGUCUCGUGAUGACAUCAUUCAGAUCUGCGGGCUAGCCGAUGGGAUACGUUUAUACAACGCCCUGCACGCCAAGCGUAUCGAGCCUCGUCUCACUGUCUACGUUUGUCCGCCCGGCGCCGCCGUGUACAGCGCGUUGUAUCUACACGCCUGUCGCGCGCCCGAGCUUAUGCGCCGUCUACACGCGUUGUUACACGAGGACUGCGAGACGCUGCUGGUGUCCGGGCCCAACGGCACGCGCGUCCGGCUCACGGACGAGCUCGUCCGGCACAUGCCGGACAACUCCACGUACCGCCUCGAGCGACUGCCGGACGAUGCGUUUCUGCUGUGCGCCACCAACAACCAUUGAGGAGCUGGCGUGUCCGGUGCGUGCCGGACAGAACUAUCUGGCGGUUAGUAUGGCUGCCGGACGAUGUUCUUGAAGAUUAGUGGCAGGAAUCGGACAGUUCCACCUACGAGCCGGACGGUUUUAUCUGCCGGACGCUGUACUGUUGUCUUCUUGAACAAGUAGGUCUGGAAUUGACCUACCUAUUUAAAGUACUACGUUCCUACCACCAAGAAAUUACACGAUAAUUUGUCCGGUACGUGCCAGACAGUUCUGUAUAAUGUCAGAAGACGAUAUUAUACUUUUGUAGGUUUUCUACCUACAGGAAAGCUGAGGCAAUAUGUAUAAGAUGCUAGACAGAUGUAAUGCCAGACGCGUUACUUCUGUAUUUUUUUCUACUAUCAAUAUGGAAGACGUGCAAUAUGUACAAAAUAUGCUAGACAGUUCUACGUAAUGCCAGACAGUGCAUUACGUUUGUAGGUUAUCUACUACCUACACCAUUGGUUCCCAAACUUAUUUGAGACGCGCCCCCUUUCGACCAUACAAAAAAUUCCGCGCCCCCCCUCCUCCAGUCAAGAUUAUUUAUUGGUCGUAUCGAGCAGUCUGGAAUGCAUUCUCUCAGAGGUCGCAGGUUUCUUAGAUGGCCCGCGCCCCCACUUUGGGAACCAAUGACCUACACAGAAGACGUGGAAAUAUGUAUAAGGUGCUAGACAACAAUUCUACGUAAUGCCAGACAGUGCAUUACUUUUGUAGGUUUCUCCUACAUGGAAAGCGUGGCAAUAUGUUUAAAGAUGCUAGACAGUAAACUACUCUAGAGUAGCAUACUGAAUUAUUAUUAAAGGUUACAAUUAUGUACCAACAGCAAGAGGCGGCGUGUACGGCAUAUGCCAGACAGUUGUAUACCAACCGGCUGUAGAAGGGUAUAUGAUAAUACCGUAUUUUACCAAUCAAUGAAGGGCUAUGUGUUGUGUCCAGCAGAGGAUUGAAUGGAAUUAUUGGAAAUGACCGACGGAUUGAUAAGAAUUAAAGGAAAGAUAUGAAGAGGUACCUAUUUACUAGAUAAAGUAAAUAAGUUAUGCAUGGCGUAGAGGAAAUGUGAAUUUUUUUCAUAUUUUUAUGAAAUUUAUCAAAAUGUUCACCAUUGAGUGUUGACAUUUUUAAGGAUUUGACUUGAUUUCAAAAUAAAAACGAUAUUUCGUCAUUUUCGUACAGUGAUAAGAACUUUUUUACUAUGGGAAUGACUGAAUAUUGUUCUUUUAUGUUAAAAAUUAUGAUUUUGAAGGGGCCAUAAUAUUUUAUGUUAGUGUACUAAGUACUAACUAUCAUCUCAUAAAAACUAACAAAUUUAUGUUAUUUGUGUGUUUAUUCGUAGAUUUAAUGUUUAUUUAGCCUGUUAUUGUUAAUUUAAAUAUUAUACUUGGUAUAGUACAUAGUUUAUUGUUAUUUAAGUCAAUGUUUUAGCAAGUAAUUCGUUAAAAGCUAAGCAGAUUGCUUUUUACAUGAGAACCGUUAUUCAAAAUAAAAGAAAUUGUAUACAACCAAGUUAAAGUAAAAUAUGAUUAAUCAAACAACAAAAUUAAAAUAUGAUAAAUCAAUUUGUGUUAAAUUAGAGAAACAAUAAAAUUGUAUUUCUGCUAUUUAGUCCAACCUAGGAUGCGUGCGAUGAUAAAAUUUCAUCGACGAUUUUAAACGACAAACGUAUGGUUUUCUCGCGUACAAUCGAUAAAAUGGCGCGAUAAAAGCUUAUCGCGGCGCGCAUUCUAGACCUAAAGUACGGCCAACUAGCAGCGAUACAAAAGGUCGAUACGACUGUCGAGUUUACAAUAUAUUCUGUCUCUUCCCAUCUUGUGUAUUUGUCGUAAUGUCUCGUUCUCCCGCCAAAAUAUGUCAGUCAGACGGGUUCACCCAUGACAUUGGGUUUGUUUACAUUUGGUAUCGCUUCUCGUUGACCCUACUUUACAUAUGUCUUGGUUAAAUACAUCUCUCUUAUCCAUCUUGUCUAAUGCGAGGUUUAGACUAACAAUAAAUUGAUAUCCGCCAGCAAUUUACACAGUGGUGACAGUUUGCGGAAGUCAACUUCUGCAAGUUUCAUUGCUAGUCUAAACCUUGCUUAAAAACCAUGAGCAAGCGCCUUCUCCACAUUACUAGGAUCGCCAGUUAAAAUUAUGUAAGUUAUUGUAAUAUUUCGUUUAUAAACUAUGUUUGUUUAUUCUAAGAAAUCUUUCGUCUAAGCAAAAUCAGUGAUAUGUUAUAUCCAAUAUGGCAGCUACAGCGUUUGCCACUAUGAAAUAUACUUAGCUUUAAUUGUUAAGUUUAUAUGUUAAUUAAUAUAUUAUAUUAGGCGCCGUAUAUAGGGUGUCCGUGUUAUUUGUAUGUAAUUUUUUUUUUUUUUUUUUUAUCCACAACGAGGAAAUGAUAUUGAUGUAUUAUUGUUUAGGUAUAAUUCGUAAGGCUAAUAGAUAAAUGUGAUUAAUCAUGUUUUGUUUUCUUCUAGCCCAUUGAGAAGGCAAAUAAUAUGUGUCGUCACUACGUUCUAAUGCUUUAAACAAUUUUAAAAUGUUUUAACUACCUAAUGGGCCUAAAAAAAAGAAGCAUCAUUCGUAAUUGAAUUAUUUAUUAGUCUUACGACAAAAACUAGAUAUUUAGCGUAAAUAUAGAUCCCAAGUGCCUAAAUGCGGCCUUCAAUUGAGCGCUAGUUGCAAUGGCGGAGUAUUGAGUAUAUUUUGUAAUAAUUUACGUUAAGCUGUUACAUGUUCUAGUUGUAGUAUGGUAUAUUGUAGUGAAUAAAUGUAAAUAAAAGAAA